CUUUCUUCUUUUUUUUUAUAUAUUUUUUUAUAUUUCGUGUCCUUUCAUUAGCUGGUGAUAUUCUCUCCUUUUUGUCCAAAACAAAUGGCUUGGGCUGAAAAGAUCAACGAUUAUGUGGCCCAUUCUCGUGCUGGUCGAUAUUUCCAGCUCGCGGGUUCAGGUGCUCGCCGUGAACGCAAGAAUACUAAAUUUCUAACCGAGAUUCGUGCUGGCCUCACGACAUUUUUCGCUAUGGCAUAUAUCAUUUCAGUGAAUGCUGCCAUCCUCAGUGACAGUGGUGGAACUUGCGUGUGCGAAUCGACUCCUGAUGAUCCUGUUUGUGACCUUAAUACUGAAUACGCGCUUUGUGUCAAUGAAUUCCGAGUUCAACUCAUUGCUGGUACCGCUAUCACCUGUACGAUCGCUUGUGUUCUCUUUGGUAUUUUGGCCAACCUCCCUCUUGGUUUGGCUCCUGGUAUGGGCUUGAAUGCUUACUUCACGUACACGGUUGUUGGUUACCAUGGCACCGGCAACAUUUCAUACAAGGUUGCCAUGGGUGCAGUAUUCAUUGAAGGCUUUAUCUUUCUACUCCUCACAAUCUUGGGUGUCCGGCAAUGGCUCGCACGUAUCAUUCCUAUGAGUAUAAAACUGGGCAUGGGUGUAGGCAUUGGUCUCUUUUUAUGCUUUGUGGGCUUGCAAACCUCAGAAGGCAUUGGUCUUGUGGCUCCAGAUUCAGCAACACUUGUCACACUCGGUGGUUGCCCUGCCGAUAUGAAAGAUGAGACUGGCGCGUGUUUAGGGGGCACGAUGGAAUCACCGACUUUGUGGAUGGGUAUCUUGGGCUUGCUUGUGAUGUCCAUCUUGUUACUCUACCGUGUGCGAGGUGCCUUGUUGCUCGGUAUCAUCUUUAUUGCCAUUACCUCAUGGCCUCGCGUUAGCGAAGUAACUCUUUUCCCAUACACUCCUCAGGGUCAAAACAUGUUUGACUACUUUAAGCAAGUUGUAAAACUUCAGCCUCUUGAUCGGAUCCUGGCCCAAUUUGAAUUUGAUUUAUCCACCGGUGACACCUGGGUCGCAUUAAUCACCUUUUUGUAUGUCGAUAUCUUGGAUACGACUGGCACAUUGUACUCGAUGGCUAAAUAUGGUGGCUACAUGGAUAAGCACGGCGAUUUUGAACGCUCAUCCAUGGCAUUCUUGACAGACGCCAUUUCCAUUAUCGUUGGCGCUUGCUUCGGCUGCUCGCCUGUCACCGCUUACGUCGAGUCCGGUGCUGGUAUUGCUGAAGGUGGCCGCACGGGUAUCACGGCCAUCACAAUUGGUUUUGGCUUUUUUAUCUCCAUUUUCUUUUCGCCCAUCUUUGCAUCUUUCCCCCCUUGGGCUUGUGGCGGCGCGCUCGUCAUUGUGGGCAGUAUGAUGACUUCAAGUGCACGCAACAUCAACUGGGACUACCCUGGGGAUUCUAUUCCUGCUUUUAUCACCAUUGCCGUUAUGCCAUUCACUUAUUCAAUUGCUUAUGGUGUCGUCGGCGGCGUUAUCGCUUACAUUGUCAUUAACACGUUUGUAUGGGUCAUGGACAAGAUUACGUUUGGAAGACUCAAGCCAGACUACUCGCAGCGUGAGCCCUAUUGGGAAGUGAUUCGUGGCCAGCCGUUCCUACCGAUUUACAUGCGCUACUUGAUUGCCAAGAUACGUGGAAAGCCGUUCAACUGGCAUGAGGACGAGCAUGAAUUUAGUGAUGACGAAGAUAACGAUGCUUCAUCCAAAUCCAGUAAUAGCAAUUUGAAGGACGAUGAAGGCUAUCCUGAAGUCGUUACCACCAACGGUGGUGCUGGUGGUCAUCCAGCGCCCGAGAUCCUCAAUGAAAAGACUUCUGUUUAAUAUUAUUUAAUUAACUAUAGUAGAUCAUACAUCACCAAUACGUCUAUUUUCAACUCAUAUGAUAUAUUUCUUUCAUCACUAAUAUUCAAUAAAUGGAACUGCAUGAAAUUCACGCAUCUUAUCAACCUUUGCUAAUGGGUAGUCCACUUUGUUGCUUGACAAAACAUUGAUUUUCACGGACGGCUGUGAGCGGAUAAUAUAGCUACAUAGCUGCAUUGAUCCACAUACUGCCGAGUUUUCUGAAAUGUAAAACGUUUGUUCCCUAAUAAUUAGCUGCUAUGACCAUAACGUAUCGAUGCUAACUAAAAAGUUGUAACGUACAUUGAGUGGGAAGUAAGAUAACUGGAACAAACAAAUUGUUACUUAUUCUUUGUUGGCGUAGUUGUCCAAAUGAUCUAUACCCGCCAACUGCAAGUCGUAGCAUGUAUCGGGUAAAUAUUUGGAGUUCUGUCCGUGUCGCUGCUUUUUUCCCUCUCGACAACACUU